UUUUAGCAAUAGGAUCCGGUUAGAUUCUACGAGGUCAAAAGGUCAAUAAACCGGCUACAGCAAAACGAACAACCAUGCGUCUCAUCAUUCUGGACACGGCGGACUACGUUGGCGAAUGGUCGGCCAAGUACGUGACGAAGCGUAUCAACGACUUCAAACCGGGCCCGAAUAGGUACUUUACCCUGGGACUCCCGACGGGUUCCACCCCGCUGGGGCUGUACCGUAAUCUGAUCAAAUUUCACCAGGAAGGAAAAAUUUCCUUCAAGUACGUGAAAACCUUCAACAUGGACGAGUACGUCGAUCUACCGCGGGAGCAUCCGGAAAGCUACCACUACUUUAUGUGGCACAAUUUCUUCAAGCACAUCGAUAUUGAUCCGGUGAAUGUGCACAUUCUGGAUGGCAACGCACCGGAUCUGGUAGCGGAGUGCAAUGCCUAUGAGGAUAAGAUUAAGGCUGCCGGUGGAAUCGAGCUGUUUAUCGGUGGCAUCGGACCGGACGGUCAUAUUGCAUUUAACGAACCGGGCUCGAGUUUAGUGUCGAGGACCCGGGUAAAAACUCUGGCCCAGGACACGCUGGAAGCGAAUGCUCGAUUCUUCGGAAACGACAUUAACAAGGUGCCGAAACAGGCGCUGACGGUCGGCGUCGGGACCGUUAUGGAUGCCCGGGAGGUGAUGAUUUUGAUUGUCGGAGCACACAAGGCCUUCGCCCUGUACAAGGCGAUCGAGGAGGGGGUGAAUCACAUGUGGACGGUCAGUGCCUUCCAGCAGCAUCCGCAUACGAUAAUGAUAUGCGACGAGGAUGCCACGCUGGAGCUGCGGGUCAAGACGGUGAAGUAUUUCAAGAGUCUGUACGACGUCCAUUCGAAGCUGAUUGAAGGCACGUAAGAGAGGUUCUGGCUGCUGACGGCGACGACGACAACGACGACCGGAGGCAUAUGCUGCCAUCUCGGGCGAGUAAACAUCACCCAUUUACACCUUUUUAUAGUCACUCGAAUCCAAAGGGUAGAAUUAACUUUUAUAAUCUGUGUAACAGUUU